ACAAUUCAACGUAAUGAUCCGACAGUUUCUUUCCAAACUCAACCAAAAUGUGCAAUCGAUUCACAGAAAUGGGCAGCUCACCCGCUGUCAGUUGUCACAGUACCGCUCCGUAGCCACAGCACCGGCCAACGACACCGUCUUGCAACAAGAACAUAUUAACGAGGCGGUCCAGUUAAAUCCAUUGCUGGCUAGAGUACCUGCCACCCAAUGGCAACUAGCACACGAGACUUUUAUGAAUCACGGUUUGCAAACGAGCGAUUUUCUGCGCAUUGUCACCGGCAAUCCAGCGGUGCUCUCACGCCCUACACGACGUAUAACUGAAGCAAUUGAACAUUGGCGCAGCUGUCAAUUCGGUGAGAAAUUCAUGUUUUUGCUUUUAACAAAAUAUCCAGAGUUUUUGGAUGUGUCCGAUGAGCUGCGUCUGCGAAAACAGAUGGGCUACUUGAAGUCAUUUGCGGGUACUAACAAAAAUGUUUGGAAAUUGUUAAUGACUUGUCCCGAUUUACUGGAACAGCAUGAGCGGCAUAUAGAAGAAAAAGUGCAGUAUCUUAAGCAUGUAAUGCGGGUUGAAGUGCCUGAAAUCAUAAAAUCAGAAGCAUUGUCAAAAUCGCUAGAUGAGAUACGUUGCAGGCACGUUUUCCUUGAAAGACUGGGAUUGUUUAAGCCGCGUCCCCUAAAAGUGGAUCCCGAUGAGCCGUCGAAAAAUCCGCGGCUUUAUCAAAUAACUAACACAUCAGAGAAAGCGUUUGCUACCAAGGUCUGUCAUGUCAGUUUGGCGGAAUUUGAAGCAUUCAAAGAGUUGUUUGAACGUGAGCUGAAUCGGCAACAAGACGCGGAAGAUGACGAGGACGAAUGGGAGGAUGAGUUGGAAUAUAAAAAGCGUUAAGAAAAAUACAUGCGUACAUAUGCAUUGCUAAACAUAA